AGUGAGAGGGAGAGAGAGAGAGAGAGAGAGAGAGAGAGAGAGAGAGUGCGCGAGUAGAACUAAGAGAGAAGAGGAGAGAAAGAGUGAGUGAGUAAAAGAGACGGAGAGAGAGAGAGAGAAAGAGAGAUAGAGAGAGAACAGAAAUUCAUCCGAUUGGCGCUCCAAUACUACAGUCGACAGUCCUACCGUCGAUGAGAAGAUGGCCGCUGGGCUCGGUAGAAGUGUCGCCAUUGUUUAGUGUUUAGUUAUUUUAACAAUUCUCGCAUUAUUUUCUUUCGGUCAGCACGGAAAAAAUGCCAAGCGCAUCGUUUACGUCAUCGCGCAACUACGUGCGAAGAUCAAGAAGAAAAGGAGCUAACAGAAUCCCCCUACCUUCAAGAACCACCUCGGCCGAGCCAUGCGAAUUGCCAUGUCCAGCAUCAAAUCAGAUUCCUACUGGAGGUGGUGUUGGUGGAGGAGGAGGAGCAGGAGCAGGAGGUGGUGGUGGUAAUGGUGGAAGAGGCUCUUCACCUAGUGUAUCAGGUGUAGCUGCACCUUCACCUUCCCCAUCACAUUCACAUUCUUCGCCGUAUGAUUUGAGGCGUAAAAGUCCACCUCAUCCGGAUCCAGCACCUGGCACAAGUUCUGCACUACCUCCCUCGGGUGGCAGUAGUAUUGCUGCUACCCUUGGCAGUUUUACUCUUCCAGCAAGGAAACGACCACGGCGAACGUGUUCACUUUCUGCAGAUGGUACAAAUACAAAUACAGCAGCACAUUAUCUACAAUAUGAAUUACCAGACGAAGUGUUGCUUACUAUAUUCAAUUAUUUAAUGGAACAAGAUCUGUGCAGAGUUUCACAAGUUUGUAAACGUUUUCAAGCUAUCGCAAAUGACACAGAACUAUGGAAAUCCCUCUACCAACAAGUAUAUGAAUAUGACCUACCUUUGUUUAAUCCAGCACCUUGUAAAUUUGAAUUUGUUUCUCCGGAUGAGUCCGAUUAUCCAAAUCCAUGGAAAGAAAGCUUUAGACAAUUAUAUAGGGGGGUACAUGUUAGACCUGGCUUCCAGGACUUAAAAUUCAAAGGACGAAAUUUGCCGUAUUUCAAUACGGUUCAAGGAGCAUUAGAUUAUGUAGACGAAUACAGAAGCAGCAAUAGUAAUUCCUCGAGUAACGCAAAUACUAGUGCUCAAGGAAAUUGUUGCGGGAGUAAUUCUCAAACAAUAGAAGAAGCACCUCAACACCUAGUAUUCUUACAUGCUGGAACAUACAGAGGUGAAUUUCUUGUAAUCGAUAGUGAUGUUGCACUGAUUGGAGCAGCUCCUGGUAAUGUGGCAGAAUCAGUCAUAUUAGAAAGAGAAAGUGAAUCUACUGUAAUGUUUGUAGAAGGUGCUAAGCGUGCAUAUGCUGGGCACCUUACUUUAAAGUUUACUCCAGAUGUUACUAGUACAGUUCCACAUCAUAAACAUUAUUGUUUGGAAGUGGGUGAAAACUGUAGUCCUACGGUUGAUCACUGCAUUAUUAGAAGCUCGAGUGUGGUGGGAGCAGCUGUUUGUGUAUCUGGUGUUGGCGCUAAUCCUGUCGUAAAGAACUGUGACAUAUCAGAUUGUGAAAAUGUUGGGCUUUAUGUUACUGAUUAUGCACAGGGAACUUACGAAGACAAUGAAAUAUCUCGGAAUGCAUUAGCUGGUAUUUGGGUUAAAAAUUAUGCAAAUCCAAUUAUGAGAAGGAACCAUAUUCAUCAUGGUAGAGAUGUUGGAAUAUUUACAUUUGAUAACGGUCUUGGAUAUUUUGAAGCCAAUGAUAUUCAUAAUAACAGAAUAGCAGGUUUUGAAGUAAAAGCUGGUGCCAAUCCAACAGUUGUACAUUGUGAGAUACAUCAUGGUCAAACAGGAGGAAUUUAUGUUCACGAAAACGGCUUAGGACAAUUUAUUGAUAACAAAAUUCACUCCAAUAAUUUUGCUGGAGUUUGGAUUACUUCGAAUUCAAAUCCAACAAUUCGUAGAAAUGAAAUUUAUAAUGGUCAUCAAGGAGGAGUGUAUAUAUUUGGAGAAGGAAGGGGUUUAAUAGAACAUAAUAAUAUUUAUGGUAAUGCUUUGGCUGGAAUACAAAUCAGAACAAAUUCAGAUCCAAUAGUUAGGCAUAAUAAAAUACAUCAUGGUCAACAUGGAGGCAUAUAUGUACAUGAAAAAGGACAAGGUUUAAUAGAGGAAAACGAAGUCUAUGCCAAUACUUUAGCAGGAGUUUGGAUUACUACAGGAUCAACUCCAGUUUUAAGAAGAAAUCGAAUUCAUAGUGGCAAACAAGUUGGGGUUUAUUUCUACGAUAACGGGCAUGGAAAGCUAGAGGAUAAUGAUAUUUUCAAUCAUUUGUAUUCAGGAGUACAAAUAAGAACUGGAAGUAAUCCAGUGAUACGUGGAAAUAAAAUAUGGGGCGGACAAAACGGUGGUGUUCUCGUGUACAAUAGUGGUUUAGGCUUACUUGAACAAAAUGAAAUUUUUGAUAAUGCCAUGGCAGGUGUAUGGAUUAAAACAGACAGUAAUCCUACAUUAAAAAGGAACAAGAUAUUUGAUGGGAGAGAUGGAGGAAUUUGUAUAUUUAAUGGUGGUAAAGGUGUCUUAGAAGAAAAUGAUAUAUUUCGAAAUGCGCAAGCUGGAGUGCUUAUAUCUACACAAUCCCAUCCAGUAUUAAGGAGAAAUCGAAUUUUUGAUGGAUUAGCAGCAGGCGUUGAAAUAACUAAUAAUGCUACUGCAACAUUAGAAUUUAAUCAGAUCUUUAAUAAUCGAUUUGGUGGUUUAUGUUUAGCAAGUGGUGUACAACCAACAACUAGAGGCAAUAAAAUAUUCAACAACCAAGAUGCUGUCGAAAAGGCAGUCGGGAAUGGUCAAUGUUUGUACAAAAUAUCAUCAUAUACGUCUUUUCCAAUGCAUGACUUUUAUCGCUGUCAAACGUGCAACACUACAGAUCGUAAUGCAAUAUGUGUAAACUGUAUAAAAACUUGCCAUGCAGGACACGACGUCGAAUUUAUCAGACAUGAUCGGUUCUUUUGCGACUGUGGUGCUGGUACAUUAAGUAACCAGUGUCAACUUCAAGGUGAGCCUACACAAGACACUGAUACAUUGUACGAUAGUGCUGCACCAAUGGAGUCACAUACACUUAUGGUUAACUAGGAAUUAACCUGAACUAAUUUAAAUAAUCAAACAACAUUGAACAUGUAAGUUGAAUUUAUUGCACAUAUGCAGCGUGUAACGCUGCUGAGUUCUUUAUUAUGGCCUUAAUUUUUUUUCAUGUUCCCAUCAUUUAAUGACUGUUAUUUCUAAAAUUGUUAAUAUUAUAUCGAUUUUUAUCAUUCUCAUUUUUCAUUGUUAUUACCAUAUAGAAUUUUUUCAUAUUAUCAACAAAUCAUAUAGUUUAAAUUAAUCAUGAAAGUAAUAUUUUCUAUCAAUAUCUAAUAUCAAAUUAAAUAUUUAACAUGUUACUAAUGUUUUUAUUUGUUCUCUUUCUUUUUUCUUUGAGAAUAAAAGUCUAAACUUGUUUUAUAUAUUACGGCUUGUAUAACAAUGCAAAAAUUUACAUUAUAUAUAUAUAUAUGUGUGUGUGUAUAUGUAUAUAUACAUAUAUAUGUAUAUGUGUAUGUAUAAGUAUAUGUAUAUCCCCAUUUUAUUUUAUUUAUGGGAACACUGUUUCUUUCUUACAUCGAAAGAUAGUAGAGAACUCUGCAAUAAAAAAAAACAAAUAGAAAUACAUCAAAAGUGACAAGUGGCAUAAUGAAAUCUACAAGUCGAUGAACAGAAUAAUUGAGGACGCAAAAUUCGCCAAAAUAAUUUCAUUGUGUAAUGAUAUAAAAUUAAUAUUAAUUUAUAGUUAAAUGGAAAAAAUACCGAACUUUCCAUGUGUCCUUCGUUACGAGAGAGAAAGAAGGAGAGAGAGAGAGAGAGAGAAAGAGAGAGAGAAAGGUGUCUACUAUCUAAAUUUUAUGUGAAAAGAGUGCAGUGAUAACUGUGUAAAAGAUAAUUUGUGUGUAUAUGCCCUGAUGAAGAAGACAUUGAAUAAAAUUGCUACUGGGACGUUUUAAUGAACUAUGUUAAAAAAUCCAGUACAGUGCAAAGGCAUAUUAUGGUAAAAUCUCUACGGUAUAUAUAUAUUAUAGUGCCGAAUAAAAUGUAAAUUAUGUACAUCGUAAGGAACUCGGUAGAAUAGCGGUAUUGACUGGUCCUCUUGCUAUUAAAAACCAGAAAGCAUGAACAUUAUAACACGUGAAGUAUAUUAACAAAAUUUGCACAACAGUUGACAAAAUAAUAGUAGUGUAUACAGGAACGUAUAAAACAAAACAGAAAGAAAGAAGAAGUGCACAUAUUAUACUUAAAAUUUGCGAAACUAAAAAAAAAGAAAAAAUAAAAAAAACCAUAGACUGUUCAAAGAAAUCUCGAUAAAUACAUUUACGAAGAAAAUCGACUGUCAAUAAGAUAUAUGAAAUGCGAGUUUAAAUCGACUGUCAAUAAGAUAUAUGAAGUGCGACUUUAGUUAUGAAUUUAUCAAAUAAGCGAGAUAUCACAAUUUCACAAGAAAGAGAAAAAGAUACAAGAAAAAAAAAGAAAAGAAAAGAAAAUGAAGAAUACCAAAAUAGAUAUAUCUAAAAACACAAUAUACAACUGGAAUAUAAUCAAAAUGGAGAUAAACACCUAUGUAUACAUUUUAAUAAUUUUUGAAUGUAAAAAAAUGUAUUUCGUGAUAUAUCGGCGCGUAUGGCAUCCCUUUAAUUCCACCAUUUGCAUCGUAAAUUGUGAUGGUCCUAAGUUGCCUAAGAGCAAAGUGCAUAAUAAGAUAAAGAAAAAAUAUUUAAACUAUAAUAAAUUAAAACACAGUGUAUAAUGGUGUUUACCAAUUAACAAAAACAACAAGUAAGAAAAAAUGAACUGUCUGAGAGGUGCAGUUUUUAAUCUACAUAUAAUCUCGUAUCUUAUACGAAUAAUCUGUUUUUUCUUUCUUUUUUUUUCUCUCUUCUUUUUUUAAAAAGAAAAAAAAACUUUAUGUUAGUAACAACGUCUAAUCAUAUUAUUGUAAUUGCGAGUCAAGAGCCAACCUCUGCUUUGUAUGAAACGAGCGCCUAUUAGCAAUAAUUUUAGAUGCAACCCUUCUCCGUUUAUGCGAUUUAAUAUAAAUAUAAGUAGAAGAAAAAAAUAUUAUAUAUAUAUUAAAAUCAUUAAUGUAGAAUAUAUAUUGUGUUUGGCCAACCAAAUUGUACAACAUAUAUAUUCAUUAUUGUAUUUAGUGAUUUUGUAUAUUGUUUAAGAAAAGGAAAAAAAAAACAAGUGGAUAAUGUCACGUCGAAAUUGCCUUUGAAUUUACUGACCUUUAAAGAGGUCUGUAGUAUUACUGUACUAAGGUGUCAUAUUAUGCAUAGUAUAACUACAUAUGAUAUCGAACAAGUAUAUGCACUGAAAAAAAAAAAAAAUAAGAUAAAAUAAAAUAUCAAAGGCAUUUUUCGCUCGUGUAUUAAUAGGCCUUAAAAAGCUUCAAAUUGAAUGUUCUUGAGUGAGAUAUAUUGUAUGGUAUGUUAUAUUUUGUUGGAUAGCGUUCAAUUGUGAAUUUUUUCUUGAAACUUGAAGUGAAGAAACUACAGAGAAAUGGAAACAGAAACGAAAAAGAACACAUGCAUAUUCUACGUGAUAAAAAAUCAAACAAAUUAAUAUAAUAUAUAAAUCUAUACUUGUCAUAUUUAACAUUAAUUUUUUUUAUUAUUAUUUUUUUUUUAGUUCGAUAAAAUUCAUAAUUUCACUAAUAUUAUCUAGUUAAUUUUUGUGUCAAUAUUUUGACAAAAAAAAAAAGAAUUAUUAUUAUUAUUAUUAUUAUUAUUAUUAUUAUUAUUAUUAUUUAGAUUUGUUAUUUUUAAUUUAAUUAAUAUACAGCAUUUGCUCUUGAGUGUAUGAAAAAGCAAAGUUAAAAAAUGGAAACAAGAAAAUACAUAAAAAUUAUUAUUUUCAUGGAAAAUUUUUAUCGUUUCUUUUUAAUCUUUAGCAUAAAAAAACGUUCGUGAAAUAAAAUUAAUAUAAAUGUAUAAAAGAAAGUAAAUUUAAUUUUAUUGUAUUGACAAUAGAUAUAUAUACUUUUCUGUGAUUUCUAUUCUCUCACAGUUUCAAUGAUGUUAAGUAAUUUUUACUCUAAAUAUUGUUUUUUUUUUACGCAGCAGCCGCGUAUAGAGAAACCUCGAGAAGUAAAACGAAUUCUAAUUUUAUAUCUUCCAGUGGCUUCCACUCUGCAUAUUUACUGCGGUGUCACAUAUGUGCGACUGUAAACACACACGAACACACACACACACACAACGUGCUUUAAAAGAGAUAAAUGCAUAGUUACGAUUUAUAAUUAGUAGAUUUGUACAAAUAACAAUUCCUUCACAGUAGUAGAAGAAAAAAGAAAAUGGAAAAAUAUUCGGCUGCAGCACAAUUAUAAUGUUUCUGUUUUAGUUGUUGGAUGUGUUUUAGAUGAUAAGAUUUAAAUCAGCUAUAGAAUCUGUUGUGUUUUUAUUUUUACACUUCGUAUGGACUCUCAGCUGAUAUUAGAUAGAAGUUUCAUUCCUAUCAAAAUGUCAAUUGGAUAUUUUGAAAAUGUAAAGAUCAUCCCGGAAUCGAUCAAUCAUAUGCGUACAUAUAUCUAUAUAUAUAAUCAUCCAGAAGAGAAAUUUUAUUGUUACAAAUCUCUUUCUCGUGUCAUUUUUACUAGGAUAAUAUAAAUAAUUCUUGUUUUUCUUUCUGUUAAAAGUUAAACAAAACAAAAUUUAAAAAAAUAAAUAAAAAAUUUAAAAAAAGAAAAAAAGAAAAAAAUACAAACGCAUACAUGAAUUUCACUUCUGGAACGCAUAAUAUAUUAUGAUCGUCAUAUUAUAAGACACGAUUUCAUUUCUUACCCCUUUUUUUUCCUAACACCGCCCUCUCUCCGCCCUAGAAUUUCAAAGUGUCUUCGAAUUAAUUGUGUAUGCGAAUCGCGUAUAAUAAUGUUUUAUUUUUAAUGAGGAUGUAAGUGCGUAAAGUGUUAAGUGUCUUGUAUCAGCUGCAUUUUACUUAUCGAUUUUAAUUAUUAUUAUUAUUAUUAUUAUUAUUAUUAUUAUUAUUAUUAUUAUUAUUAUUAUUAUUCUUUUCUUUCUCUUCGUUUUUUUUUUUUUUCUACCUUUUGUUAAAAACUUUGUAUCAUUUCAUUUUAACAUGUAUAGUCCAUCGAAAUCACAUACAUAUUCUCUACGUUAGGACUCAACGUUUGCUGCUUUGUUUGGCUGUUACUUAUUAAGCAGCAGAGCAGGAUCAAAAGAUCCUUGAGAAGAUUAAAAGGGGAUGAGAUAUUCAGCGUAUUAAGGAUAUAUUCUUCGAUCCCCUUUUUUCGCUUUUCUCAGCACCCCGACCCUCCCAUUCCGAGCCAGCGGCAGCGUGUAACAUUAAUGACACAAAAGCCAAGCGAAGAACCGAAAGUAGCAAACGCAGAGAACCGAUAUUCGCAUCGCGAAUGUUAUUUUUUUUUUCUCUCAAUAAAUACUUGCCAUUUAUAACGUUAGUUGCCAUAGUUUGCUGCUAUUUGUUUUUGUUUUGCGGUAGAGGCCAGAUGAUAGACAUAAGCGUACACGGCAUUUUAUGCAAAACACGAAUCCGCGAAUGCUGAUACCACUACGUAUUCUGUAAAUAUUAGUCUGUCCAUUAUAUACAUAUAUCUACAUAUAUAUAUAUAUAUAUAAUAUAUGUGUGUAUAUGUAUAUAUAUCUAUGUAUAUAUAUAUAUAUAUAUAUAUAUAUAUAUAUAUAUAUAUAUGAUUAUAUACAUAAUGCAUUGAUUAUAUGCUAUUAUACAAAAAUAUAUGAUCAUGAAUUAUCAUUUCUUUUUAUUGUAUAUUCUUACUUUUUGUGUACUUCAAUUCUUCGUAAUAUUCGUAGUAAUAUAGCUGUAAUUAUAUAUACAAUAAUUAUAUUGUAAGAAGAGAAGAAAAAUAUUUCUAAGGAAAGUUAUAUAUAUAUAUAUUUUACUCUUUUACUUUUUCUUGUUUCUUUUCUUUUUUAAUUAUUAUUAUUAAUUUUUUUUUUAAAGAUAUUUUCGAUGUAAAUUACGUAUUUUUUGAUUAUAUACGAUCGCUCGAACGAAUAAAUUAUUAUCAAAGUCAUUUUUUCUUUUCUUGCGAUCUCUCUCUCUUUUUAGAGAUAAACGUCUAUUUAAAGACUAAUUUCUACUAAAAGUCUGAUAUAUUAUAUAUGCUUUCGAAAUUAUAGAUCAUAUAAUAUAUAAUCGCUUACUUCUCAUACUUGUAAACACUAUCUCUUUCUCUUUUCAUAUAUUAAAACUUACUCUUCCAUUAUAUUUAAAAGUGUUUUUAUUUUUUUUCCUAUAUAUAUCGUCAGUUAUAAUAUAUAAUUCUAUUAAUAAUAAUAAUAAUAAUAAUAAUGAUAAUAAUAAUAAUAAUAAUAAUAACAAUAAUGAUAGUGAUAAUGAUAAUAUUAAUAAGGAUAAUAAUAAUAAUCAGUUAAAAAAUAUGUAAUUCUUCUCUUGUUACAUAUAUUUCGAUUUUAUUUUUGUAAUCUAACUUUUAUGCCCACGUCCCCACCCCCGUCCCAACCUGCAUUUUGAUCCAUAUUAAAAUAUUAAAUUGUUUAAUUGGAAAAAUACGCGAUGGAAUAUAAUCCAUGUAAAUGAUUAUACGAUUAGAAUUACUUUUGUGAAAAUGAGUACAAAACGUACGAUUUUUAUAUGUUAUGAAUGAAUUCUUUAUUUAUCCGAGAGAUUAUGUCAAAUGAAAUUUGCGCUGUUAUAUUAUUAUUUUUGUAUUAUUAUAAAUUACAACAUAUAAAUAUGAAAAUUUGUAAUUCUCUUACUCUACACAAGCUCUUAAAUGAAUGAAACAUUUAACAAUGUAUUCUAAAUUCUCGUAAUUUUAUUCGAAACAGUAUUAUGAGCAAGGUAAUGACUUCACAUUAAGAUUAAAAAAAAAAUUAAUAAUAAUACUAAUAAUAUAAUAAUAAUAAUAAUAAUAAUAAUAAUAAUAAUAGUAAUAAAGACAAACCAUAGUAAGCUCAUUAAUAAUAUACGAAACUUUAUACUUCGACUAUAGCUGUUUUUACUCUCAACCAUAUCUAUCUGUGAAUAUUUAAUUAGUAGAAAGAUAAUGCUGAUUCUUUUGAAUUUAUUCCAAAAUCCUCGCUAAUGUUGCAUAUUAUCUCAUUAUACAAUUUACUAAAAAGAAAUCUUUGCUUUUUGACAUACACACGCAUACAUAUACAUUUCAUGUGAAAUUAAAUUUAAAGUGUUUACAUUAAAUUAACAAUUAGCAAGAAAGAAAUCAACUGGCAUUAAAGAAAAUUUUAUUAAAUAUCUUCUACAACUUAUUUGUUAUAAAUAAGGAAGGAUAUUACGUUAAACGACAAUACCCUGUGGUACCAUGCCUUAACACAGACAUGUAUGAUGUUAAAUAUAUCUUUAUAUAUAAGAUACAUACAAUUUCUUUGCAAAUAUAAUUGAUGUUUUUUCAGUCUGUGAACACAUAUAUUACACACACACGCGCGCGCGCGCGCGUACACACAUAUUACUAAAAAUAUAUAUAUAUAUAAUAUUAAAACAUAAUUAAUUUUUACAAAGAAAGUUAUAUGUGAUGUCACAGUGUCACAAAGUCUCAUUCAUGGUGUGAAAAUGAUGAUUAGCGUGUCAACGAUUUUUUACAAGUGUGUAUAAAUAGAGAGAAAGAGAGAAAGAGACGAAAAGAAAGAGAAAACAGAUUAAUAGUUUUCAAUUUAUUCCUAAUAGUUAUUAAAAUACUCGAUAUAUCUUUACAUUAAUAUAUCUCAUAUAAAUGAAGAAUUUCAACGCUUUUGGAUAUUAAUAACACACGUACUGGUUAUUAUAUUAUAUAGGAUCCAUUUUUUGGUGUAUCGAGUCAAAAAAAUAUAUACUCUCUGCUAAGUUAAAUUAAUCGUGAAAAAUGUGUACAGUAAUUGUAAAUAUCUAAAAUAACAUUGUUUAACAAAUGUAUGGAUAUAAUAAUAUACAGGGUGUUUCGAAACGAGAUAGCUACUUCUCUCUGAUUCUCAACAUUGAACAUUUAUUAGCAAAAGAUCACAAUUAACAGGGACAUGUUCUUUUAUUCUAAUUUUUUUUUUAACGUUAAUUAGAGAUUAUACUUCUUGAAUAUAACUUAAUUUUACAAUACUAUCUGAAAAUGUAAAGAUGACGAAGAAUAUUUUUAAGUUUCUUUUUUUUUAGUGUAAAGAUUUAAAUUAUGCAAUUAAAAUGGACAAAAUGACUAGAGUUACGUCAAUUUCUUUUUUUUUAUUCAUUAUUUUUCUGUUUUAAUUUUUUUUAUUACUUACGAAAAUUUUACGACGAAGACAAGAUAGUUGUAACGAAGUUAACACAAUGAAAAUAUUUUAUUGGAGAAUCGGAGAAAAAGUGGACAAAAAAAGGAGAAGAGGGAGGUACUCGUUGCCUAUAUAAGAGAAUGAAUUGUAAAACAUAAAAUUCAGAUUUGUGUAAGAAAGAAAUAAUGGACAAUUUCAAAGAAAUGGCCUAUAGACAAGAAACAUUAGAAUUAAAAAUGUUUUUGAUAUGAUCGCAUGAAAAAAAAGAAAGAAAGAAAAAAGAAACGAAUUAUACUCGAAAAAAACACGAUACGAUUUAUGAUUAAUGCAAUUAGAUAAGCGAUAGAAAUGUAUCUUGCAUCAACGAGAUAUAACUUUAAUAUUGCUCAUUACAAUCUCAUCAUUUAAAACAUUUCGAAAGAGAACAAAAAAAAAGGUUGGAGGGAGGGUGAUAAAGAAAAGAAAAAAAAAAGAACAAACACUCUUUAUCACCAAACGUUUCUCGUAAGAAGUUAGCUGUACUAUUAAGAUGUAUAAUAAAUCGUUUAGAUUGUAUAAGUUAGACAUUAAGGCAACUUAUUAUUAUAUGAAACGUUUCAUUAAAAAUCAAGUAACGUUAUUUUUUACAGAGAAUUUACAGCGGACGAUAAUCGAGUUUUGCUCGACUACAACAAAACCAAAAAAAAAAAAGAAAAAAGAAAAAAAAAGAAAAUCUCAAAACAUAUGAAAAAGCAUUAUUAUUAGAGACAAAUAAUAUCGGGACUCAUAAUUUGUUUAAUCGCGAACAUUGAUUAAUGAAAAAAUAAUGAUCGAGAAGUUUAGAUGACAUCUUUCGAUAUUGAUAAAAAAAAGAAAAGAAAAAAAAAAAGACAGUGACAUAAGAACUUAUUGAAAUAAUUCAAAAAGUCGUAUUUCAUAAAAAAAGUAUCCCCAUUCUUUACACGAAUCUUUUCUCGUGAUAAGAAAAGAAACUGAGAUAAGACUCGAUGUAUAAUAUUACCGCUACAUAUACUAUUUUAUAUUACUUUCGGCAACGUCAUAUAGAGUUCAGGGAAAGUAUAAUAAUCGAAUUUUAGGAUGUGAGAUCGCGGUAUUAUAAAAAGAAGUUGCAAUAUAUUAUUAUAAUUACGUCGGUAAAACAUAUAAAUUUCCUGUUGUUAAAUUUAUCCAUGAUAUUUGUGGAAUUCGUAAUAUUUGUUCGAAUCAUAUACAAAAAUUUCGCUUCGACGAAUAGCAACACAGAAUAUUAUCGCAUCCGUACACGGUAAAUGGCGUCCGAAGGAAAUAAAUCGAUUGUAUUAUAGCGAAAUGCACGGACUAGAGCACAUUAUCUUGGUGUGCCAUAAAUAUAUAUAUAUAUAUAUAUAUAUAUAUAUAUAUAUAUAUAUAUAUAAACGCAGAUAUGUAACAUUAAUAAUGACGAUUGAUAAACUUUAAUAAAUAAGUACCUUAAAUGUUUAAGUCCAAUACACGAUCGUAAACUUUUAGCUGCACCAAGUGCCAUAGUCCAAUAGGUAUAAUAUUAAUAAUAAUAUGAUUAUAACAGUCUCUAUAUAAAUAAUAAAUUGUGCCGAGGAUGAAAGGACAAAAAUCGUGUUUUUUCGAAUUUUUGCCUGAUCGCAAUCCGAUAUUACUCUGAUAUUCGUGUCGUAAAAAAAGUAAAAAAAGAAAUGCAAGACGUGAUAAGAGAUCUCUUUAAAAAAAAAAGAAGAGAGAGAGAAAGAAAAAACUGAAAAGUCAGAUAUGACAAUAUAAAAAUAAUACGAUUCAUUUUCAUUUCUAAUGAUCCUUAAUACAAUACUUCUUCUUUUUUAUAUUUGAGAAAUCAGUGUAUUUUAUGUUAACACGCAAAAUAUAAGAAAAGUCUUCUCGCUCGAUCAUUUUUUUUUCUUUGCGAGAUAUUAACGAAACCAAAAAGAUAAAAAAAAAAAGAAAAGAACACUUGUUUUAAGUUAUAAUACAACAAAAAGUAAAUAAAACAAAAAACGUGUCACGCAAUUGUAUAUUAUAAAUGCUACUGUUUAAAAAUAUAAUGCCAUUGUCAACGUAAGAUAAA